AUGUCUACUCUUACCACCGAGGACUUCCAGCGGGGAGGUGCUGCGUACCCUAAAGAUUGGCAUUAUGACAAGGAUUUGCCUCAGGACCAAAAGAACAUUGAGAAGACAUUCAAGCUUUUGAGGGAAUACAGCGGUAUACCUGCGGACAAGGUUCAGGAGCAUGUUCACGAUAUUAGAAGCAAGGCAUGGGAAGUCUUCCCAUACCCAUGCAUCGGGUCAUGGCGCUUCUUGGCAGACUACAUGGAAACGUUUCCUGAGUAUCCUGAGAUUCUCUCCCGUAUCAAGUCAGGCGAUGUCUUUCUGGACGCUGGAUGCUGCUUCGGUCAGGUACUCCGUCACCUCCUCUAUGAUGGUGCACCUGCCGAGAACCUGAUUGGCACGGAUUUGUAUCCCAAGUUCAUUGAGCAAGGCUACGAUCUGUUCAAGGACGAGGGCAAGUGCGGCCUUAAGUUCGUCACAGGCGACAUGCUGGACCACUCAGACACGUCGCUUGACGUCCUAGAUGGCAAGGUGGACAUCAUCCAUGGCACAUUUCUCUUCCACUUAUUCAAUCGCGAGGACCAGAUCAAGUUGGCAACGCGCCUGGUCAAAUUCUUCAAACCGGACGCCAAGAACGCGCUCAUUGUCGGCCGUCAUACAGGCCAAGCUGAGCCCCUGGAUCCGUUUGAGACUUGGACUUUGGACAAGCUCAAGCGCUUCCUGCACACUCCAUCCACGUGGCAGGCCUUGUGGGAUGAGGUUGGUGAAUUGACGGGGACGAAAUGGGUGACCACUGCCGAGGUAGUGGACCUUAAGAUUCUCGACAUCGACGACAAUUACUGGGCGAAGAGGAAGGAAGUAACGGGAGACCCGAACGCCCCCAAGACUUUGCGCUUUUGCCAAUAUCGGUAUUCGGUGCGCAAGGUGUAA